CUCGGCCAAAAAGACGAGCUUCGCCUUCCCUCUCUCUAACAUAAACAUCCAAACUCAAAACUCAAAAGGCUCUGACAAGUGCUCGUGAAACCACUCACAUAAAAAAGAUCUCUGAGGCAGAAGAGGCAAAGCCAAGUAAGCAAAUACACUGUACUUUUCUCUUGCUAUCAUCAAAAUCCUCAUUCCCCAUUUUCCCAAACCAACGGCUCUGAUUAACUGGGUGUCCUCACUCUGUACCUCUCCCUCAGUCUACGUCUUCCUCCCCAGAGCGGAAAAAAAGAGUGAAAUUAGCUAAAAAAAAUGGGGUUUCCCAAAUUCUCUCUAUCUUCUACGGUUCUGCUAAUAAUGGUAACAGGGCUGUCUUUAAGAGCAGAGUCAAAGACGUAUUGGGGGGACAUAGAGGUUCUGAAGGAGAUGAAGAACGGAUUGGACCCUGGCUCAGUCAGUCCAGGCUCCUGCGUGAGCUCCUGGGACUUCGCGGUCGACCCAUGCGACAACCUCUUCAGCGAGCGCUUCACGUGCGGGUUCAGGUGCGACCUCGUGGUCUCAGGGACUAGCCGAGUCACCGAGAUCAGUCUCGACCAAGCAGGCUACGCCGGUUCCCUCCCUUCCACUUCUUGGAGCCUCCCUUACUUGGAAACCCUCGACCUCUCCAACAACUUCUUCUCCGGUUCGAUCCCUGACUCGCUUGCCAACCUCACUAAGCUUCGUCGACUCGGCCUCUCCAGGAACUCUCUCUCCGGUCAGAUACCCACCUCGAUUGGCUCACUCUCUGAGCUCGAGGAGCUUUACCUCGAUAACAACAACCUCCAGGGCACAAUCCCGGCGGGUUUGAACAACCUCGUGAGCCUGAAACGGCUCGAGCUUCAAUCAAACAGGCUAACCGGCGAGUUUCCCGAGUUGGGUUCUUUGAAAAACCUUUACUUCUUGGACGCUAGCGACAAUGCCAUCUCCGGCAAUAUCCCUACGAGUUUUCCGUCUUCCUUGGUUCAAAUUUCCAUGAGAAACAACAGCUUCGAAGGAAAAAUGAUCGCCGACAGCUUCAGAAACUUGGGUUAUCUGCAAGUGCUCGAUCUGAGUCACAACCGCCUCAGCGGCUCCGUCCCAGCAUUUCUCUUCGACGCGCUCCCAUCUUUACAGCAACUCGUGCUCUCCUUCAACCACUUCUCGUCGUUAAAAUCCCCAUACUCUCUGGCCACGCAAAGCGAUCUCAUAUCCGUUGAUCUGAGCAACAACGAGCUCCGAGGCCUCCUACCGUCGUUCAUGGCGUUAAUGCCAAGGCUUUCGGCUUUGUCCUUCGAGAACAACAAGCUCACUGGUUUGAUACCCACAAUGUACGCCUUAAAAGUGGUUGUACCCGGACCCGGAAUCUCACCGUUGGUGAGGCUCUUGCUCGGCGGCAACUACUUGUUCGGACCCAUUCCGGAUCGUCUAAUUGGUCUCGAACCGUGUUCUGUAAACGUGAGGCUUGUCGAUAACUGCUUCUACCGGUGUCCGGCCAUUUUCUUUUUCUGUCAGGGUGGUGAGCAAAAAUCACUGACAGAGUGUAAGAGCUUUGCUCCUCCUGUAAUUCCUUGAACCAUGUGAUGUAACUAUAAUUAUAUAAUUUAUGGUAUCAACCACUUAUUAA